AUGUCAAUAAUUGAGACUAUUUGUCAACGUCUUGCGUGGGCAUUUCCUGAUGAAAAGAAAAGAUCAAUCAAAGCUGCUACUAUCAUCAUCAAUGUGGAACGUUUAGUACCGGCAAGUUAUGUUUAUCCUUUGCCUCCUCCCAGUACAAGUGAAGAACGGCUAGAAUUUAUAUCGUUCAUUUUAAAAAAAGAAACAAACAUUGAUUAUUCUUGUAAUGAAAUUCUUGUUGCUCAUAAUAUUUUAAUGGGCAACAACUGUAUACAAGAACAAUUAGACUUCAGUUUUACAAUCGAUAGAAUAGAGUAUUAUCUUAAUGAAUUCAAAAAUCUGCAACCUCAAUCAGCAUUCGCUAAAAAUUUCACAUCACUAUUUCUUUUUCCACAUCGAACCAUCUGCAGUCGAUGUCAUGAAAAAUUAAAAAUUACUUUUCAAGCAUCUGCAAAUGUUAUAUAUUGCAGCAAAAUUGAACCAUGUUUAAUUUACAAAGCUGAUUGCCAUGAUUGUCGACGAUCUUAUCGUGUAUCAUCCAUUUAUUCAAUGAAUCAAAAAACAACAAUUGUAACACUAGAAUCACAAAAAAGUGACUUUAUACAUUUUUCCGGAUCACUCGUCUUUUCAAAAGAAUUUCUUAUUUCAUUUUCUUCACAUCUAAUCGAUGAUUACGUUACUUUCCAUGGAUUUGCUUCUGCUACAAUUAAAACCAUUAAUAGAUUAAAUUCUGAAAUCAAGAAUACCAUUACAACCGAAAAUUUAGCUCGAAAUUUACAAUCCGCAUGGUUAUAUUAUGAGCUAACCAAUUUUGUGUUCAUGACAAGUAAAGAAACCGAAUUAGCUUUUCCAUAUGCAAUGAAUGAAGGUCGAACCAAAAUGAAAGGCACACAAUCAGAACGAGCUGUAUUUAUUGAACGUCACCUGAAUUGGAUAUAUCAUCUUUUUGUUGUUUUUUGGUGUAAUCAUCAAGAAUUAUUUGGAGAAUAUUAUGCUAUGUAUUACUGUGAUCAUCAUCGAAUGAAAUGCAAUGAAGAACAAUCGACCUAUAGUAAAUUAUCUGAUGAAGAACUUAAAAGAUACUUAGUCUAUCUGAAACACCUUAAUCGUGAAGAAUCACAAUGCAAUGUUGGUCGAAGCGAUAUAGAAGAACGCUUCGAACAAAAAAAGAAGUCAAUGGGGUUCAUCGCAUCAUUUCUUAAUUGUGGUAUCAUUGUUGGAUUUUCUGAUUCAGUGAAUCAUGAAGGACCACGAAAGAUAACCGAUCAUUUAUUGACUAUGAUGAAACUUGGAGGUAAAUUACCAUCACUUCUUGUAUAUGAUGCUGCUUGUCAACUUCAUAAAUUUUGGAUGUAUCGAUUUGGAGGUGAACAUAUGAAAAAUACGGCUUACACUCAAGAAUUGAUGAAUAUGAUCUUAGUUUGUGAUCGGUUUCAUAAUACAGUACAUAAAGGUGAUCUGUGCAAAACUGUAUUCAAUCCAGAUUCUGAACAAAAUAGAAAGUAUUUCAUUGGAAUCAACACCAGUAUAGCAGAACAAACUUUUUCCGAUUUAACAAAAUUCAAAGUUGUUUUGCGAAACUUUUCUUAUCCAACAUCGGCUCUAUUUACAAUUUUGCUAUUCCAUUUAAAGAACUGUGACAAACUAAGCCAAAAUCCAACUCAACAAGGUCUUAUUCUGGAGACUGUUCUUGAAUCUGAAGUCAAACAUCAGCAAUCUUUGCAAAGUUGUUGUAUAUUUGAAACAUUGGCACAAGAAAGUGAAACUUAUGAAAACAACUUAGAAACUGAUAAUGAGUACAUUGACCUUAGUGACCAUGGUGAGAACAAUUACGAAAGCUAA